CAAUGUUGGCACUUCUAGCGAUUGCUCAACGAGUGGUGAAUUUGUCAUACGAUUAAUUUUAGAUAAAAACUUACUUUAUUUCAGUGCUUGAGUGCGUGAUAAUAGUUUUCAGUAAAAAACUGUUCAAUUAGAACAGUUUCACUGUGAACUGUGUGUGUGGUGUGUGAAUUUUCUGUGAACUAUCGAGGUGUUUUUGUACCAUUAAGAAUGGAUAAUUUUCAAAAAACUCCAAAAACAACGCCGAUCACGGAGGAUUACCAUAUCUCCAACACAGUCCUCGGCCUUGGGAUCAAUGGAAAGGUUGUCGAGUGCAAAUCAAAGUCCACCGGUGCCAGACGAGCGUUGAAGGUGCUACAUGACAGUGCAAAAGCCAGGAGGGAGGUGGAACUACAUUGGCGGGCCAGCGGGUGCAUACACAUUGUCGAGGUAUGCUAUGAUUUAUACUACAACCCCGUCGAGUUAAUUGCGUACCUACCUGGCGGCCAUGACGUCACUCCGGUACGAAUACGGGGCUAA